ACCAAAGAACAUGAGUUUGGUCUAGGGGCUCCAGUUUCUGAAGCUGAAAACUACCAGAAUACUCUCCAGCUAGAACGAGAAGUGAGAAACCAAGACAGAUUCAUCUCAACACUGAAAUUACAGAUCGAACUCAUUUGCCAGCAAAAUAAUAUUGUAGUAUUGGAAGAUACAAUAAAAAGGCUUAAAUCUAUAAUUUUAGAUACUGAGAAAGCACAAAAUAAAUCUCCUUCUAGACUUGAUUCCUUUGUCAAGACUUUGGAAGCAGACAGAGAUUACUAUAAGAGUGAAGCUCAACAUUUGAGAAAGAUGAUGAGAAGUAGGUCUAAAAGUCCAAGACGCCCAUCACCAACUGCCCGGGGUGCAAACUGUGAUGUAGAACUUUUGAAGACAACAACAAGAGAUCGUGAAGAACUUAAAUGCAUGCUGGAAAAAUAUGAGCGCCAUUUGGCAGAAAUUCAGGGUAAUGUCAAGGUUCUUACAUCCGAGAGAGACAAGACCUUCCUUCUUUAUGAACAGGCACAGGAAGAAAUUGCCCGACUUCGACGAGAAAUGAUGAAAAGCUGUAAGAGUCCUAAAUCAACAACGGCACAUGCUAUUCUCCGGCGAGUGGAGACUGAAAGAGAUGUAGCCUUCACUGAUUUACGAAGAAUGACCACAGAACGAGAUAGUUUAAGAGAGAGGCUAAAGAUUGCUCAGGAGACAGCAUUUAAUGAGAAGGCUCACCUGGAACAAAGGAUAGAGGAGCUGGAGUGUACAGUUCAUAAUCUUGAUGAUGAACGUAUGGAGCAAAUGUCAAAUAUGACUUUGAUGAAGGAAACCAUAAGCACUGUGGAAAAAGAAAUGAAAUCACUAGCAAGAAAGGCAAUGGAUACCGAAAGUGAACUUGGCAGACAAAAAGCAGAGAAUAAUUCUUUGAGACUUUUGUAUGAAAACACAGAAAAAGAUCUUUCUGAUACUCAGCGACACCUUGCUAAGAAAAAAUAUGAGCUACAGCUUACUCAGGAGAAAAUUAUGUGCUUGGAUGAAAAAAUUGAUAAUUUCACAAGGCAAAAUAUUGCACAGCGAGAAGAAAUCAGCAUUCUUGGUGGAACCCUCAAUGAUCUGGCUAAAGAAAAGGAAUGCCUGCAAGCAUGUUUGGAUAAAAAAUCUGAGAAUAUUGCAUCCCUUGGAGAGAGUUUGGCAAUGAAAGAAAAGACCAUUUCAGGCAUGAAGAAUAUCAUUGCUGAGAUGGAACAGGCAUCAAGACAGUCUACUGAGGCCCUAAUUAUGUGUGAACAAGACAUUUCCAGAAUGCGUCGGCAAUUGGAUGAGACAAAUGAUGAGCUGGCCCAGAUCGCCAGGGAAAGAGAUAUCUUGGCUCAUGACAAUGACAAUCUCCAAGAACAGUUUGCUAAAGCUAAACAAGAAAACCAGGCACUGUCCAAAAAAUUGAAUGACACGCAUAAUGAACUUAAUGACAUAAAGCAGAAGGUUCAAGAUACGAAUCUGGAGGUUAACAAGCUGAAGAACAUAUUAAAGUCUGAAGAAUCUGAGAACCGGCAAAUGAUGGAACAACUUCGAAAAGCCAAUGAAGAUGCUGAAAACUGGGAAAAUAAAGCCCGUCAAUCAGAGGCAGAUAACAAUACCCUCAAACUGGAACUUAUCACUGCCGAGGCAGAGGGUAACAGAUUAAAAGAAAAAGUAGAUUCCCUCAACAGAGAGGUUGAGCAACACUUAAAUGCAGAAAGGUCUUACAAGUCCCAGAUUUCUACCUUACAUAAGUCUGUUGUAAAAAUGGAAGAGGAGCUUCAGAAGGUUCAGUUUGAAAAAGUGUCCGCUCUUGCAGAUUUGUCUUCUACUAGGGAACUCUGUAUUAAACUUGACUCAAGCAAAGAACUUCUUAAUCGACAGCUGGUUGCUAAAGAUCAAGAAAUAGAAAUGAUGGAGAAUGAGUUAGAUUCUGCUCGUUCUGAAAUUGAACUCCUGAGGAGUCAGAUGACAAAUGAGAGAAUCUCCAUGCAGAAUCUAGAAGCUUUGCUGGUGGCCAAUCGAGACAAAGAAUAUCAGUCUCAGAUAGCACUUCAAGAAAAAGAAUCUGAAAUUCAGCUUCUUAAAGAACACCUUUGUUUGGCAGAAAAUAAAAUGGCCAUCCAAAGUAGAGAUGUGGCCCAGUUCAGAAAUGUUGUCACACAAUUGGAAGCUGAUUUAGACAUUACCAAAAGACAACUAGGAACAGAGCGCUUUGAAAGGGAGAGGGCCGUACAAGAACUUCGCCGCCAAAAUUAUUCAAGUAAUGCUUAUCAUAUGAGUUCUACAAUGAAGCCAAAUACAAAAUGUCAUUCACCAGAACGUGCUCACCAUCGAUCUCCUGACCGAGGCCUAGAUCGAUCAUUAGAAGAGAAUCUUUGCUACAGAGAUUUCUGACACCUGAAAUGAUUCUUCACAUCCCUGAGAAAGACGGAGUCUCGCUCUGUCGCCCAGGCUGGAGUGCAGUGG